CAUUUUAAGACAUCAGUCUUGGAGCGGCAUCGUCAGGUGUAGGACGAGAGGAACGGCUCGACCCCGGACGGACGGCGACUUAAGGGGACGGCGCCAAGAUAUCCUGCUCAAUUAAGGUCUGGCACACGAGCCGUCUGGGAUAGUAGUUUGCGGUUUUCUGCAGACGGGACCGUAUCUCGGCGUCUGGCGGAGAACGCGCGAGAAGACGACGAGAACGAGAAGAGAGAAUAGUGCAAAUCCGUACCCGUAGUUCGGACCUGGCAGGUGAGGCCGGGUGGAGGUGAGGCUCCGUCAGAGCGCGCGGGCCAGCGAGUGAGGGGGAGGAAAGCCGAUAGCAGAAGUGAGAUGAGUGGCUGGCCUGAUGGGCUCCCAGAGAGGCAGUGGGCGUAGCUGGUGAAGCAGGGUAGCCCUCACAUGCACCGCCAACGGAGAGGACAGCAGCGGCGGAGUUUGGUACCCAGCGAGCGCAUCUACCGUAGCGGGACACCUGCCACCUACCGCGGCUGGACGAGACGGAGGACGGCGGCGCCCAGAAACAUAUCUACGUCAAUGGAGAGGAGACACAACACCAGGCACGCCGCCGCCUUGGCAGCGGCAGCAGCGGCCGCUGCCAACGGAAAAGCCACCUCCAGCACGGCCGCUGCCACCAACCAGGCCGGUCGCUGGUCCGACGCCAGAACUGACAUGUUCGAAAGUUUCCAGUCGUGGGCCAUGAAGACUUACGGCGACACGGCAAAAACCAAGACCGUCACCCGCAAGAAGUACCACCGCAUCGUCAAAAUCCUCAAGGGAGAGGAACAGACCAAUGCCGAAAAUUCCAAGUUUCGCUUUUGGGUGAAGGCCAAAGGUUUCCGUAUGGGACCUCCAUGUUCCGAGCACACUCUCGACGCCAAAAAGAACGAGCACGUGCUGUACGUACCGUGCUCGAGAUUCCUGACGAAUGGAUCUAGAGACGAAACCGUAUACAAAAAAGUGGCCAUCGUCGAGAACUUUUUCGAUAUUAUAUAUGGAGUCCACGUGGAAAUGGAAGGAAGGGGAGGCAAACAUGCAGGACAGAAGAGGACUUACAAAGCAAUUGCUGAAACCUACGCCUUCUUGCCCCGUGAAGCUGUGACCCACUUUCUAAUGUCAUGCGCUGACUGCCAGAAACGGAUGCAUCUAGGACCAGAGGAAGGCGGGAAAGGUGGUAACCAUAGCAACGACGAAGGCAGUAGUUCGCCCGAAUCAAGCGACCUGCCUGACAUAGACUACAGUGUGCCCAUCACUACUACUUACCUAAAACACAUGAGGAGUCUCGGAUAUAGCAGAGAAGAUGCACUAAAUUUAGAUCGUGAUGAUUCUAUUUCGAAUGUAGACAGCGAGGAUAGCGAAAUAAGCGCAUCAACUCCGGUACACGAUAAUGGGAUACAGACGGUUGAUUAUCACGUGGAAGACGGUGAAGGAGAAGCCGAAGGGACGUCGGAACCACCUGACGACCAUAGCGGAACCGAAGCUGAUGAUGUCCCUCUGGACAUGAGCCGAGUUCGACACGAAAAUGGACAUGUUAAUUGGUCACCCGAUUUGCCGAUCAAUAUGACAAAGAAUAGGGACGAUGUCACUCACCAAGAUCACUCUUACGAUAGAAUGUCCACAAGUAGCCCUUGUAAUGGUUCCGUGAUACGAGAUGAUUUAUCGGUGGGAACUAAAGACGAAGACGACGAUGAAGAAGAGGACGAUACGGAAAAGAUCGAUACUAACAAAUACGAUCCAGAUCGUUUGAAAGCCUUCAACAUGUUCGUCAGACUCUUUGUAGACGAAAAUUUAGAUAGAAUGGUACCAAUAUCGAGGCAACCAAAAGAUAAAAUCCAAGCGAUCAUCGAUUCUUGUUCGAGACAGUUCCCUGAAUGUUCGGAACGUUCCAGAAAACGGAUAAGAACCUACUUGAAAUCUUGCCGUCGACACAAAAGGCUUCGGGAUCAAGGAUCUUGGGAGACGGUAAAGAAAAAAUUUAAGAGUAGAACAGCUCCUCACUUGACUUCACCCAUUGCCGAACAAAUUUUGGCUAACGCUUGCGAAAACGAAAGUCGGAACGCCAAAAGAAUGCGAUUAGGAUUAAAACCCAUCCCGGCUGACUACGAUCGAAAUCGCUCUAGUUAUGUUAAUGAUGCGACACGUUAUCCUUCAUCUCGGAGUCCACACCACACCCAAGAUUCACAUGCCACGAAUCCUGCGUCGCCUUCGUCGUGUAUUGCCAUGGUUACGGUCAAUGGUACCACGUGUUCACCGACGUCACAACCUGUAUACAGACAAACGACGCAUGAUCAGUUUGGUUACCAGCAGAUGCCAUUACCUACCUCAUCCAUUGUCUCUAAUGGACCUACUGAUCUCAGCCUAAAGAAGUCAAAUUCGAACUCGAAUUUAGGAAACAGCAACAACACCACAGGAACAAAAUAUUCUCUAAAUCCCAAUGAAGUAGCGGCUGUAAAACAAUUAAUAGCUGGGUACAGAGAAUCUGCUGCGUUUUUGCUGCGUUCGGCCGAAGAACUCGAACAUUUAUUAACAAAACACAAUUAAAAAGAAAAAAAGAAAAGAAAAGCUUCAUUUCGUUCACAGAUCUUGUGCGUUAUGGAUGUUGUGUAUUAUUUAAAAAAAAAAAGAUA